AUGGACGCGGUGCCGGCGCUGGCGGUGGUGGACGCGCGCUUCUGCGCGGGGGACGAGGCGGCGCUGGCCGUCGCCAAGACGCUCAGCAUGUCCGGCAACGACUUCACCGUCACCGACGCCGCCACGGGCGCCCUGUUGCUGCGCGUCGACGGCGUCCUCUUCAGCCUCCGCCGCCGCUGCCUCCUAUCGGACGCCCACCGCCGCCCCGUGCUCACCGUCCAGGAAUCGGCGCUGGUGAUGAACACGCGGUGGAAGGUGUACCGCGGGGACAGCACGAGCCGGCGGGACCUGCUGUUCACGGUGGUGAAGCCGUCGGUGAUCCAGCUGCGGUGGUCCACCAAGGUCAGCGUCUUCCUCGCCAGCAACGACGCCGAGCAGGCCCCCGACUUCCGGAUCACCGGCAGCUACCACGACGGCGCCUGCUCCGUCUCCCUCGGCGAAUCCGACACCGUCAUCGCCAGGAUCGACCGCCGGUCCACCGUGGUGAGCGCGCUGCUGGGCAAGAACGCCUACAGCGUCACCGUCAACCCCGGCAUCGACUACGCCUUCAUCGUCGCGCUCGCCGUCGUCCUCGACGAGAUGCACUACCAAUGA